UGAGGGCUGUGAGACUGAUCUGUGCGAGUCCGGGUCAAACAGAGGUGCUUUGCAAGAGGCCCACGGAUGUGAGGGACGGUCCUGGCCAAGGCCACUGACUUCCCCACGUCCUGGGCACUGAGACCCCCACCCAGUGGCAACGGAUCCACUCCUGGGAGUCAACCAGGCCGUCUAGGGUUAAGAAGACCUGAGUGGACAAGAUGGCUUCAACUGGCCUUGAACUCCUGGGUAUGACCCUGGCCGUGCUGGGCUGGCUGGGCACUCUGGUGUCGUGUGCCUUGCCCCUGUGGAAGGUGACCGCCUUCAUCGGCAACAGCAUCGUGGUGGCCCAGGUGGUAUGGGAGGGGCUGUGGAUGUCCUGCGUGGUGCAGAGCACCGGCCAGAUGCAGUGCAAGGUCUACGACUCCCUGUUGGCGCUGCCCCAGGACCUGCAGGCCGCCCGCGCCCUCUGCGUCGUUGCCCUCCUGUUGGCCCUGCUUGGGCUGCUGGUGGCCAUCACAGGGGCCCAAUGCACCACGUGCGUGGAGGACGAAGGCGCCAAGGCCCGCAUCGUGCUCACGGCGGGGGUCCUCCUCCUCCUCUCUGGCAUCCUGGUGCUCAUCCCUGUCUGCUGGACAGCACACGCCGUCAUCCAGGACUUCUACAACCCCCUGGUGGCCGAGGCCCUCAAGCGGGAGCUGGGGGCCUCCCUCUACCUGGGCUGGGCCGCUGCUGCCCUGCUCAUGCUUGGGGGGGGCCUCCUCUGCUGCACGUGCCCUCCACCCCAGAUCGAGCGGCCAAGAGGACCAAGGCUGGGUUACUCCAUCCCCUCCCGCUCAGGGGCAUCUGGACUGGACAAGAGGGACUAUGUAUGACGUGGAAAGUGUCCCUGGAAACCCGCAGCUCAGAGCCUUGACCUUGCCCCCACUGCCAACACCACCCGAGGCAAAACCCCUUUCCCAGAAGCUCCAAUCAGGGCUGGCUAUGGAGUGGGGUCCCUACAG